AUGUCAUUUACAUCGUUAUUACCUCCUCCAAAGCGUGAAUCUAAGAGAAAGCAGGUGGAUGUAAAGAGAGUUGAAGCAGAGAGACUACUGAGUGCUUUAAACAAGGACAAGGUUAUCGAAGAAAGUAUCGAUGAGCAGAAAACGAAGUCAGAUCCAGCGAUUCAAAUAGCAUCUCAAGUUAAUUUUAAAGAAUUUGUUCCACUUCGACAGCAAAAUUUUGGAUUGGAUGUACCUUUGCCUUCACAGGAACGGAUCGACGAGACGUAUAACAAGACUAGAUCAUUUCUUCAAAAACUAGUAUCUAAAGAUCAACAGAAAAAGCUUUCCAGUGUCAAUAAACCAGAUACAAUAAAUAUAAACUCUCAAACUAUCCAGGUAACAACAAGGCAACAAGAUCCUUUACAGCCAAAUAUUCAUAGGAAGUCGGCAAAGAUCUAUACUCCACAACUAUUAGAAAAUAAUGCGCCAAUACCUACACUACAUACAGAGGCUGAAAAACCAUCGAAGGAGGAAAGAGAAAAAUGGAAAAUACCUACCUUCGUAUCACAAUGGAAGAAUCAGAAAGGUUAUACUGUUGACAGGGCCGGAUUUGGUACGAGGACAGGUGAACCAGGUGGGAUUAGUGGCAAAUUUAUUGAAUUGUCAGAGGCUAUAGAGAAAGUCGACAUGGAGAAGAGAAGAGAGAUUCAGUUGAAGUAUGAGGAAAAGAAGAAUUUAAUGGAGAAAGAAGUCAAGAUAAAGGAAGAUAAAUUACGUAACCUUGCAGAGAGAGCAAGAUACCAUGGAAGGAAACAAGAUGGACAUGUCAAGAAAGAGACUUCAGUUGUCGAACAAAGUAGUAGAGGUAAUAUUCUUGUUGAAAGAUUGAAAGAGUUGGCCUACAGAGAAGGUCGUGACGUUUCUGAGAAGGUUAUAUUGGGUACUGCGAAAGCCACAAAACAACCGGAAUUAAAUUACGAUUCCAGGUUAUUCAUUAAAGGUGCAAGCACGCAGAGAAGUGAAAACCAAGUGUAUGAUAAUCCGCUAUUUGUACAGCAGGAUAUUGAUAGUAUUUACAGGACGAAUCUCAAUAAAUUGGAUGAUAUGGUGGAAAAUACGAACGAUGAAGGGAGUGUAAUGGAUCGUGUGACAAGAGAAGUGAAAGGUGGACAACAAGAAAGAAGUGGUCCGGUCAUGUUCACCAAGGCAGAGGAUCAAUUAUCGAGUGAUAAGAAAAAAUCAUUUGGAUUAGAAAAAGAAUCAAAAUAA